AUGGGGGCAGGGGAAAGGAGGUGGGAGGGGGGGGAGACAAGAGGGAGAAGAAGAGUGAAGGACGGUCAAAAGGAAAAAGGGGGGGGGGGGGCGGGGGGAAGGGGUGGGGAAGGGGGGAAGAGGGGGGGCCGAAAAGGUGGAAGGACGUGGGUGGAAGAGGGGAAAAAGGGAGGGAGAGAAGUGGGAAGGGAAAGCGGGGGGGGGGGGGGGGGAAGGAGAGAUGGGGGAGGUGGGAGAAGGGGCAGGGGGGGGGGAGGGGGGGGGAGAGGGGGGAGGAGAAGUGGGGGAGGGGAAGGAACACACAACUUGCCAUCCCUUGUCUGUGAAAUGUCCCGUUUCUGCAUCUGCAGUAUAAUGGUGUGGGGAAGAAUCAUGACAAAUGACUGCAUGAAGCUGCAUAUCUUUCAAGAAUGUUCUGUAACUGCUCGGAGGUAUGUGGAUGAGGAAUUGGAACCCUAA